AUGGCUCAGGCUUCCCAUCUGUCACGAUACCGGCCGGCGGUCCUUUCGGUGGCGACCAUUGCGGCGGCAUACGGCAUAUACACGCUUUACUCGGCCUACAGCAACAAUCACGCGACCAGCACGAGUCUGAGGAGAAGCAAUGCCGUCCAUAGGCCACGGCGGGAUCGAGAACGAGAGCGUCACGCGGUUGGCAUAGACCGCCUGCCGCCCACACAUGAUGCGCCAUUGGGACUGAUCAUAUUGCGCAAGGGCGAGGACGCUUACGUUAUAAAUCUGGCGACAACAAUGUUUCCAACUACUGACGAACUACAACGCAUAUACCAGCCUCCAGUCAACGAAGAGAUCCGACAGAAGAUCGCUGUGGUUGCCGUCGAGUUGAUUUUGCUGUCUUGCUUGAACUCCACCACUGAACCUGACAGUUGGGACCAAUUCAGAGCACUUGGAUUUGCCGAGCUGGUCCAUGCGAUGGCGGGUCGUGACAGGAACGAGAUCAGAGGCCUUGCCCAGCAAAUCCCUGACAUCCUUCAGAUGAGCGGCAUCACCGAGCAGCAGGUCGCCCAGGCGCUUAACAAGUUCUUUGUAUCCGAGAAGUGGCUGGCGGCGAUCCGCGAAGCUGGCGACACAGAACCUGCAGAGACCGAAGACAUGGACAGGGACGAUGGCGCGAGCAAAGAACCGAGCCACGGGUUGCGGGGGCUGCUUUACUAUAUCGCCGAAGAGGAUGCUAAGCGCAAAGCAUACGAGCACCGAGGCAUUCGCUGCGAAGAGUGUAGUGAGAUGCCCAUCCGUGGAAUCAGAUAUCACUGCCUGAACUGUCCGGACUAUGAUCUUUGCGCCUCCUGCGAGCAGCAUACCGAGCACGUCAAGACGCAUGUGUUUGCCAAGAUCAAGAUUCCGCUGCCUAUACUCUCUCAGCCCACGAAGGAGUACAGACUGUGGUACCCUGGUGAUCCUCGGAAAAUUCACGAGUCCCUUGAACCGGCUUUGAGGAAGCGACUCUGCCACGAGUACGGAUAUGAAGAGCCAGACAUCGACGCCCUGUAUGAUCAGUUCAUGGCCAACGCCAAUGUUCCCUUCCCACACGCCACGACUUCAGUGAAGGCUUGCAUCGACCGGCGAGCAUUCAACAAGGCUCUUACUCGCGACACAUGGACCACAUGCUUUGCGUCAAACACGAUAUACGAUCGAAUGUACGCACUCUAUGAUACAGACAUGAACGGCGUUAUAGACUUUGAGGAGUUUGUCAGUGGAGUUUCCUAUCUGCGAGGACCCAAACGAUUCGCCACUCUUGCAAGAGCCAUUCGAGGGUAUGACAUGGAUGGGAAUGGAUUUGUCGACCGCUCAGAUUUCACCCGGCUUCUCAGAGCCAAGUACGAAAUACAGCAGCAGCUAGUGAGCGACAUGGUGGAAGGACAGGAAAUCGAACAGACCCAAGCUGCCUUGGAGACCUUACAGUCAAGCCAGCCAAUCAGUUCGGUCUUCUCUCAAGAGGACAUCCCGCCUGGAGAGAUUCGUGAAAGACGUGGGAAGCGUGAGGACAUGAACGGAGAUCUGCAACCAAAUGAGGGAACGAAGACGAUCCUCGAAAAUGACCAUCCAUGGCCAGGUACCAGUCCGCCUACCCGAGAAGCUGAGCGUCGAACCGUUUCUCGCUUUGCAGAGAUGAUCUAUGGGCCUUUCGAUGGCACAUCUCCAAGCUUCGAGGGGGUCGAACUGGACGAUAUAGACGGCUUGCCGCGGUGGGAUCAUACUGGCCGUGACGAUGACGACGAUCCGCAUAUCCCUGAUAUCAUCUGGCAGACCGUCGAAGAUGGCUUGAACGAGUUGCUCGACAAGAUGUUCAAGGCCAAGGAAGAAGAAAACACAGCGACGGAGGAGACGCGAGCUAUGAGACAGAAGUGGUCCAAGCAGAUUGCUGACGCGAGGGAGGAAGAGAGGCGUAGAAAGAAUGCGAUGAUUGAGUCUGCCCAGAGCGAUCCGCUGGUGGCGACCGCCGUGAUCGCUGGCCUCGAUUCGAAGCCCAAAUCUCCACCACGCCAGCAUGGCGCACCUCAUAUGCGCAGGCAAAUGGUACCUACGGACACUGAAAGCCUCGAAAGACGGGAGCGGGAGAUAAGUGCCGCCCCUUUGGAGGAGCUUCUCGAUACAACGGGGUUCAGUGUGCGCGAUGCUAGCUCCUCUGUCAAUGUCAGCUCACUGCCUCGAGCAGCCCAUAUUGGAGCCUCUUCCAUUUGGAAUGGCAGUGUGCGAAGCCAGGCAACUUCGCCUCUCCGGACCAUGAUUUCCACCGAUGAUGAAGAAACAGUCGACCCAACACUCCCACAAAACAGGCCCAAUGCCAUCGAUACAUCCGUGCCGACCAGUCCGCCUGUACGCAAAGAAAACCGAAAACCACCAGCACUACCGGAGAGACCCCCCUCCCAUGAGGAGCUGCGGUACUUGGCUGAUCUCGACGACGCAGAGCAGCAAUCGCUAGAUCGCGGCGGUCCAGGAAGAUUAUCGUAUGCGGAACUCGAGGCUAUGGCGGUUGCUGACACUAAGGGCGAGCUUCGCGGCCUGAUCAAGAGCUGGCUCGAAUAUGCCAGCUUCUAG